AUGAAGAAAACAUUAGCUAGUUCAUUCAGUAAACCUGAGGAUAAGAUUGGAUAUUGUACAUUUUAG